GCGGCAGUGCGGGCGGCGGGACUGCAGUGCCACCUCUCCAAAGAAAGCCCACACGCUCACACGCCCGCGCGCGCACACACACGUGCACACCGUAGGCAGCGAGAACACGAGCGAGAGCCCAUAAGCGCUGGACGCGUUUUAGCGAUGGCUUCUGCCCUUAACAGCAAGAUCCACGCACCCGGGACUUGCCUGGGCUCCAAAGCUGAGGCCCACAGUGGCGCCUGCUGGAGAAUGGACUGCGACCCUGAGAUGCACGUGAAAAUGUGCAAGAAGAUAGCCCAGCUCACCAAGGUGAUCUAUGCCCUGAACACCCGCCAGGACGAGGCUGAGGCCAGCAUGGAGGCGCUGCGGGAGGCCCACCAGGAGGAGCUCUGGAACGCGGUGGCCGAGACCAAGGCCAGGCUUCUGCAGGAACAGGGACAGGGCCGCGCGGAGGAGGAGGAGGCCCUGCUCCAGCGUGUUCAGGCCCUGGAGAGCGCCCUGGAGCUGCAGAAGAGGCUGACGCAGGAGGCGCUGGCCCAGUCGGCCACAUGCCGGCUGGAGACCAAGGAGAGGGAGCUGAGGGUGGAGGCGGAGCACGCCGAGCGUGUCCUCACCCUCUCCAAGGAGAUGCUAGAGCUCAAGGCUGACUACGAGAAGAGGCUCCGGCACCUGAUGAGCCACGAGGCACCCCAGUGGGGCCGGCUGUCCCAGGAGAGCCCUGACCCAAAGGCGGAGCCAAGCCCCGGGCCCGAGAUGCGGGAGGUCCUCCUGGAGGUGGAGCGGCUGCGAGUGGAGAACCAGCAGCUGAGCAAGGACUACGCCCGGAAGGCCGAGGAGCUGCAGGCCAGCUACGAGCGGGAGAACGAGGCCAUCCGGCAGGCCAUGCAGCAGUCGGUGAGCGAGGCCCUGUGGCAGUGGCAGGAGAAGGAGACUGACCUCCGCAAGAACUUCCAGGUCCAGGAGUCGGCCCUGCAGGCCCAGGUCCGGAAGCUGGAAGGGGAUCUGGAGCACAGAGGCCGCAAGAUAAGUGACCUGAAGAAGUAUGCCCAGAAGCUGAAGGAAAGGAUUCAGGACCUGGAUGUGCAGCUCAAGGAGGCUCGACAGGAGAAUUCGGAGUUGAAAAACACUGCAAAAAAACUUGGGGAGAAGCUGGCUGUGGCCAAGGAUAGACUGAUGCUGCAGGAGAGUCACGUGACACAGAAAACCGAUGACAUGAAGACAGAGCGAAUUGCAGAGAAUGAAGUCUUAGGGAAGGCGAAUGACUUGGAAUCCCGCAGUCCCCGUCCUCAGCAGGAUCAGAAGUUUCCCAAGGAAUGUCUGUGUACGAAAGGAGGCACAGAUACACAGACCAAGAGAGAGACGCGUGUGGAGACAGAACACAUGAAGCAACAAUAUGAAGAGGACCUUCGCAAAAUCAAACGUCAGACAGAAGAGGAGAAAAAGCAUCUCAAAGAGCAGCUGGUGAAGCGCUUAGAAGACCUGGUGAAGACGCACACCGCAGAAAUCAAGUCAGUCCGCUCUUCGGUGGAGGCCGAGAGGAAGAGGCUGCGGACGGAAGUAGAAGCACAGUUGGAGGAAGUGAAGAAGAAAUCAGAAAAUGAAAUAAAGCAACUACAAGAAGAGAAAGCGGCCCUAAAUGUGAGGCUCCAGAAUUCUCUGCUGGAGGUAUUAAGGCUGGAAGAAUUUAUCCAGCAGAACAAGGUAUGUCCCCAAAGAGGGGAGGAACAACCCCAGGAACUCAACUACCCGCACCACAGCGUUUUAGAGACCCAGGAUCCAUGCGUGACGCUGAAUGAGCCUUCUCAGACCCUGCCCAGAGGAGAAGAGUAUGAAGAUAAGUUAGCAGCUAAGGAAGGAACCAGCAGUGAUGAAGAGGACAGGAUCGAGGUGCCGCUGGAGGAAGGCGGGGAUCCGCAGGCUCCCCCGGGCCCUCUGCUGAAGGAGAAGGCCCCCGAAAUCCAGCGUCUGCGGGAGGAGUGGCAGGGCCAGAAGGCCAGGCUGCAGGCCCAGGUGUCGCAGAUGCAGCAGGCCCUGGAGCAGUGCGCCAGCAGCUACAGGCGCGACCUGCAGGAGCUGCGGCGGCUCUCAGACGAGGAGCGGGAGAAGCUGCAGCGCGAGCUCCGCGAGGCCGUCCAGCAGAGCCAGGCCGGGAAGGCGCAGCUCGAGGCUUCCCACCACCGAGCCCUCCGCGUGCUGGAGAAAGCCAAAAAUCAGGAACUCAAGGCCACAGAAGAGCUCCUGAAAAAGGAAUCCAGCCACAGCCUGCAGAUGCAGCACCAGGCACACCAGCUGGAGCUCCAGGCCUUGGAGGAAAAGGUCCGGCAGGAGCUCCAGGGCGAGCAGGAGAAGGCGCAGGCCCAGCAGGCUCUGCUGCUAGAGUCCCUGAGGCAGGAGUUGUGGCAGCAGCGGGCCGCCUGCUCUGAGCACCAGAAGGACUUAGAGGCGCUGCAGGCUGAGCUGAGGGCCGUAGGCAGCUCUGACCAGCGGCGGGCCAUCGGCCAGGGUGCGGGCGACAUGGAGGACCACGUGGACACGACGGAGGAGCGGGGCGGCCCGGGCCCGGAGGGCUCCCCGAAGGGCGCUGCUGAGCGGAGUCCGAGCGAGGGGUGCCUCCUCUGGGAGAACUCGCAGCUCAAGGACACGGUGCGGCAGCUGCGGGCAGAGGUGGAGCAGCACCAGCAGGAGGCGCUGCGGCUCCGCGACCAGCGCAGGCAGCUGGAGGAGGACCAGCAGGCACAGCGGGCCCGGGAGGUGGAGAGCCUGCGCCAGGAACACCGGAAGGAGGUGCAGGCCCUGGUGGCAGACUUCAGCAGUGCCCAAGCCCGGCUCCAGGCCCGGCUGGCUGCCCUGGAGACUGAAAGGAAAGAAUCUGGAGAGAAGCCGGGGAAGGGAGCGUCCAGGCCGGAGGACGUCCAGCUCAUAGGCCGCCUGCAGACCCGCCUGAAGGAGAGAGAGGAGAUCAUCAAGCAGCUCACGGAGGAGAGAAGAUUUCACUACGCAGCGCUCCCCAGUGCAAUGUCCCAUCGGAAUCGGUCCUUCUCUUUCAAUCCUCACCCAGGGUAUUUGACCCCUUCCAUGAAGAAAAAGAAGAUGGAGGAAGUGCCCAGCCGAGUGGUCAGCGUGCCAAACCUUGCCUCCUAUGCCAAGAACUUCCUGAGUGGAGACCUGAGCUCCAGGAUCCACGCCCCGCCAAUCACCAAGUCACCCAGCCUGGACCCAAGCCCCAGUGGGGGCCGGCCUUACAAACCCACCCAGUCUCCAGAUGUGAAAACAGCCGCAAGGACACAGGAUGAUGAAACAGCUCAAUCCAAAGAAGUCCAGCAGAAACAGGGCUCUGCCCACCAGGAAUGGUUUACCAAGUAUUUUUCCUUCUAAAUUGAUCCUUGGGAUCCAUCACAAAGAGGAUGUUUGAAAAACAUUUCUUUUAAAACAUCUGUUGAGGGAAUGAACUAAAAAACCAAUUGACCAAAUACCUUGCCUUGUACCAUGGUUUGCAUACAAUAGCUAGAACAGAUUUUGGCAUUGACAGUUCAUACUGUUUCAUUGUGACACCAGGCCAUUAAAAAUUCUUGACAUUAGGAUAAAACAAACCAGUGUUGUCAUAAAGCAUCAUAGGAAGAUGUUAUUAAUGUCACCAGUGACCCACCCAUUGUAUGCCUAUGUCCCUAAGAUUGCCCUCCACUUGGUGGUUUCCACUGUUUACUGUUAGGGCAACUUCAUUUUCCCUUAGGACGCAAGUCAGAUCCAUUUGAAAAGUGUUUUUAUGUAAGUGAUAUGAUUCAAAAUGCACAUCUAACCUCAAUAAGAAGAUGAAUAAAACAAAGUUCCGAAUAACCAGGAAAGCCAAUUAAGAAAGCAAAACAAGCAAAUCAAGACCAUGACAUACUUAGAUUAAGUAUUUUGAUUUUCUAAUCCAGGACAUGGAGCUGAUAAUAGAGGGGAUAACACCUACCUCAAAGUGGGGCUUUAUGAGGAUGAAGCAAAAUAAUAUGGGCCAUGAUCCCAACCAUGCAUUGGAAUUAAGCACUGCCAGGGUUUUCCUGUGGGUAACCAAAAACACACCUCAGUUUCAGUGACUGCGACAUUGACUUGGCCAUUUGUGAAGGUUUCAGGAUUGUUUGUUCUCUCAAGUCAAAGAUCUACUGAGCCUCUGGGAAGAGGGGGGUGGCCAUUCACGGUGCUGACCUCACUGUCAGGCCGCACUGACCUGUGUGACCCUCGGAGGGAGCUGUGUGAUGUGACAAGACUCAGUACAUCUUUUGAUGGGCAAAAUAUGUUCUCAAUCCUUUGGUGCUGGCCCAGCAAGGUGGCCCAUAAACAGUUGUUUAUUAUAUGC